UCUCUGCUCACCUGCUCUGCCCUGAUCGAAUGUACAGUGUUCCUGAACCGGCCGGCGGCGGCUCGGGUCCUCGGCCCCUCCUCCAGGAGGCGACGAGCCAACUCCUUUUCACUGGAGGAGAUGCUACCUGGAGACCUGGAGAGGGAGUGUCACGAGGAGGUUUGCUCGCAGGAGGAGGCCGCCGAGAUCUUCCAGACCAGAGAGAAGACGCUGGAGUUCUGGUACAGAUACACAAAUCUGAACCCCUGUCGGACCAGUCCCUGUCUGAAUGGAGGGCUGUGCUCUCUGGACCGAGGGGACUUCCUGUGUCUCUGUCCUCCUCCGUACCACGGCAGAACCUGCGCCUCAGAGGUGUUAGAGUGCCGCUAUAGAAAUGGAGGCUGUAUGCAGUACUGCAGAGACCUGCAGGGCGGCGCUGCAGUUCAGUGUGGCUGCGCUGAUGGAUUCAGACUGGAGGAGGAUGGACAGAGCUGCUCUCAGAAAGUGGCGUUCCCUUGUGGCCGUCGGCACAGGGACUGGUCUUUGUACCGAAGUCGCUCUCUGUGGAGUCCGUCAGAGCAGCUCAACGUCACCAUGUUGGAUAAAAACAGCACCGACAGCUGGAUGGCUCAACUAAACUUCACCGAGAAGGAGGAGGAGCUGGUGACAGGGAACUCAACGUCUGGACAAACAGGGGGCAACCAGACGGAACUGGGGGGCGACGAGGGGGCAGGAGAGGGGGUAACUGGUCGUAUCGUGGGUGGAGUUCUGGAGAAACCAGGAGGGAGUCCCUGGCAGGUUCUGGUCUGCCGGUCUGAUGGUUAUGGUUUCUGUGGAGGGACUCUGGUCUCUGAUCGGUGGGUGGUAUCUGCUGCUCACUGCCUGGAGCAGACUGCAGACCAUGUGACCAUAGGGGAUUAUGACAAGCGGCGUCCUGAUCCAGGGGAGCAGGUGAUAAAGGUUCAGAAGGUCUUCGUCCAUCCUCACUUUCACUCCUUCACCUUCGACAGCGACAUCGCUCUGCUGUACCUCGCCAGGCCCGUCGUCAGGAGCCCCACCGCCGUCCCAGCCUGCCUCCCCGACCCCCACCUCUCCAGAUACCUGGUGCAGGAGGAUAACCGGGGCGUGGUGACGGGCUGGGGAGUCACUCACUACCUGGGCAGGUCAUCCUCCCGCUUCCUCAGGAAGGUCACUCUCCCGGUGAUCAGCUACAGAGACUGCAUCGCCUCCACUGAACAGGUGAUCACAGAUAACAUGUUCUGUGCCGGUUACCUGGACGUUGGUAUGGACGCCUGCAGCGGAGACAGCGGAGGACCCUUCGUAGUGAACUACAGAGGGACCUGGUUUCUGACUGGAGUCGUCAGCUGGGGAGAGCAGUGUGCUCAAAGGGGGAAGUACGGAGUUUAUGCCCGACUGGGGAACUUCCUGAACUGGAUCAAAGACACCAUGGAGAGACCGGACCUGAACAGUACUGAGAGCUGA